CGCAACCACUCAAAACAGGACCCAACGCGUGCAUGUCGCUCUGUUGAGCUAUCCUUUCCCGUCCUCUUCGCAAAUCACCUGCGCAUGCACUAGACACCAUGGGUCCCUCUCUGUACCUGGAGCUCCCUCCGUCGAGCCUGUUCAAGUUCCCUCCAGACUGGGCCCCGCCAGCUCUUGCGCCGCCCCCCGCCACCGGCACUCUCAGAGCUCCCUUCAACCUUGACGCCGGCAUCUACAACAAGGUCCUCACCCCCGCCGUGCCUCUGACCAUCGCCGCCGUCUACGCGACCACCGUCUCACUGCUCAAUGCCUACAACCGCAGUCACGGCAACAAGCCAUGGCGCAUCAGCAAGACGCGGGCCUUUUACGCCUUUGUCAUCGCCCACAACAUCUUCCUCGCCGUCUAUUCGGCCAUCACCAACGUUGCUAUGGGAAGGGCUCUGUACCGCAUCACCCCCGGCUUCUCCCAGCACGGCCUGGUUGACAAUGUGGAUGCUUUCUGCAAGAUGAACGGUCCGCGUGGUCUUGGUGACGCCACGACCUUCAACGGUACCACUUCUUCUUGGGAGGUCAAGAACAGCCUCAUCCACCUUGGUCCCGAGGGUACCCCCGACCCCACGGAUGUUGGCAGGCUUUGGAACGAGGGCCUGGCUUUCUGGGGCUGGUGGUUCUACCUGUCCAAGUUCUACGAGGUCUUGGACACAGCCAUCAUCCUUGCUAAGGGCAAGCGCAGCUCUACUCUCCAGACCUACCACCACGCCGGCGCCAUGAUGUGCAUGUGGGCGGGUAUCCGCUUCAUGUCUGCCCCGAUUUGGAUGUUUGUCUUCAUCAACUCUGGUAUUCACGCGCUGAUGUACACCUACUACACCGUGUCUGCUUUGGGCUUCAAGGUUCCGCAGGGGAUCAAGCGCACCCUGACGACCAUGCAGAUCAUGCAAUUCGUGGUUGGUGCCAGCUUCGCGACCCUGCACCUGUUCGUCGCGUAUACCGUCCCGGUCUCGACUCCGUACACUUUGGUCCAUACAAUCACCUCUGCCGUCGAGUCGGCGGCUACAGCGGCCUCGUCUUCUCUGAACUCGGCUGCCACGGCCGUGGCGACUGCUGGCCUUGGUGCAUACCUCAGGAAGUUGGCCUAUCGCGCUGCGGGUGAAGAGGGUCUUGCAGAGAAUGUGCGCGAUGAGCAGGGCCAUAUUUUCGGCCCCGAAGCCUCGCACCAUGUCGAGACUCGCGAGGAGGUUAGAUGGAGAAACGAGUACGUGAAGGUUCACUGCCUCGACACUACCGGACAGGCGUUUGCUGUCUGGCUGAACGUGAUUUACCUUAUGCCCUUGACCUACAUUAGCGCCCUUUUUGUCCGCUUCUUUAUCCGCUCCUACACGAAGCGCAGCUCCGUUGGCACCAAGAAGCAGGCCGCGACUAAAGCUGUGACCGAUGCUGCGCACGGUGUAGACCGUGAGGUCGAGGCUUUCGGCAAGGAAAUUGAGAAUCUUGAGUGGAAAGCCAUCACCAACACGGAUCUCCGCAAUGGGAUCAGCAACGUGUCCGAGUUGAUCCAAAAGAAUGCCUCGAAGGAGCAGAUCGAAACCGCCGUCAAGCAGACCGAGAAGCAGCUGAAGCAGACUAGUGGCAAGGCUGCUGAAGUGGGCAGAAAGGCACUCGAUAAUCUUAAGGUAAAGGCGGACCAAACGAAGGAGAACGGUGCGGCAGCGGCCAACAAGGUGAAGCAAGAGGUAGACCAAAGCCAGGAGGCGUUGCAAAAGAGGAUUGAGGCGAAGAUCCAGGAGUCCCUCAAGGAAAAGGAAAAGGAAGACAAGGGAAAGUACAACGGUGAGGUGAAGAAGGAGGAAUCCGAAGGUGACGAGGAACCGGAGCCGGAAGGUCUCAGUACCACGGAUCCGAACAAGACGGACACGUCAUAUGCGGAGAUGAUCAAGCAGUGA